CAUCCUAGGGUUUCAAACCCCGGAAUCGCUAAUUUCUCGCAUCGAUUCUCCUUCGCAUUUGCAUGAGUUCGAUCUCGUACAGCUCUUCAUUGCCGGUUUGUGCUCCUCCACAGCUUAUCCUCUCGACGGCAGGAAAUGUCGUCGCCGAAGGUCCCUCCUCUAUCAUCCACCGCCGCCGGCAGAUCGGACUCUCCAGAUGUAUCUACGAUUGUGGGACCACAAGGAGCAGCUAUAGCUCCUUCAGAGAUUUCAUUGGUUAUCGACUCGUUGAAGAAGAAAGUUGAUGCUGAUCGUUGUGUUUAUAUCAUGAAAAGAAUGGAAGAGAACCGGAUUAAGUUGUCUGAAGUCACCCACACUCAUCACAAGUUAUCAUUAGAAAGAAGGCAUCUAAGGAUUUCUGGUGCUGAUCAAACUGUUGAUUUGUUGACAAAGAGGCAGAAAGAUGCAAUAGAUAAGCAGAACGGCGUCAAUGCAAGCAAUGGUGACAGUGACAGCACUAGCUCUCAGGAAGAUGGACAUGCUUCAGCAAUUCUCCUAGGUUCUAGCAUUGCAGUAAAAAAUGCUGUCAGGCCAAUCAAGCUUCCAGAAGUGAAGAAAUUACCUCCUUAUACUACAUGGAUUUUCUUGGAUAGAAAUCAGAGAAUGACAGAAGACCAGUCUGUAGUUGGUCGAAGGAGAAUUUAUUAUGAUCAAAAUGGGGGUGAAGCUCUAAUUUGCAGUGACAGUGAAGAGGAAGCAAUUGAUGAAGAAGAGGAAAAGAAAGAGUUUGUUGACUCUGAAGAUUACAUCAUUCGAAUGACCAUUCAACAACUUGGGUCAUCUGAUGCUGUUUUGGAUUUACUGGGGCAGCGGUUGUCUAGAAAACCUUCAGAACUCAAAGCAAGGUAUGAAGUCCUUGUGAACAGAGAGAAUGCUGUUGAAGGCUCUAAACCAGGAAAUGUUGAGUUCGAUAUGAGUUCAUUGUUUGAUAAAGAUCUUGAAGCAGCACUGGACUCAUUUGACAACCUCUUCUGUCGCCGAUGCCUUGUAUUUGAUUGUAAAUUACAUGGGUGCUCACAAGACCUUAUAUUUCCUGCUGAAAAGCAUUCUACCUGGAACCGCAUGGAUGAGGAAAAGCUACCUUGUGGUCCCCAUUGUUAUUAUCGGGUCCAAAAGGUGGAAGGCACUGCCGUAACAUCUUCUAUGCAGCCCAAUAGUGAACAAAAGGCUGCUCUUUCAUCAGAUGGUAAUGGUGUUCAGGCAUCAAGAAAAAAAUCCAAUGGCCGGUCUCUAUUGAGGAGGUUAAAGUCUUGCCAGAGUGAAAAUGCUUCAUCAAAUGCUAGAAACAUAUCUGAAAGCAGUGAGUCUGAGACUAGGCCAGUUCAUGAUGGGAAUUCUACUUAUCGUCUUCCUUCACCACGUAAGAGUAAACUUGUUGAGAAACGUGGAACUCGUCAAAGGAAUAGCAAACGUAUUGCUGAUCAUGUUAUGGUUGCAAUAAAGAAAAGACAGAAGAAGCUGGCUGCUUCUGAUUCUGAUUCUGUUCCCAGUGGAAGUCUUGGCUCAAAAGAUAUGGGGGUUCGAUCCAAUUCACAUAAAGAAAAUGAAGAAGCUAGUUCAUCCUCUCUGAAGGCAAAACCCAGUGCCAGAAGGGGUAGGCGGAAAGAUUCAUUGGUCCCUAGUGGUGAUAGAUCUCUUCAGGCUGAAGUUCCUGAUUGUGCAUUGAAGGAGAUCACCAGUGACCAGCCAGUGAUCAGUAGUGAUGACAAAUGGAAGAAAGAAGAGUUUGUGGAUGAGAGUAUCUGCAGACAAGAAUUGAUUGAGUUCAAAUGUUGGAGAACUAUUGAAAAAUCUCUCUUUGAAAAAGGUCUGGAGAUCUUUGGCAGAAACAGCUGUUUAAUAGCUAGGAAUCUUAUGAAUGGAAUGAAGACAUGUGCGGAGGUGUUUUAUGCUAUGAAUUGCUCUGAGAAUAAGCUAUCUUCUCAAGGUGGAGACGGCACAAAUUCUCUAGGCGAUGGAUCCAGAAUUGAUAGUAAUGAGAAUACGGGUACUGCACUAAGAAGAAGAUCUAGAUUUUUACGCAGAAGAGGUAAAGUUCGUCGCUUAAAGUAUUCCUGGAAGUCUGCUGGAUACCAUUCAAUGAGGAAACGUAUCUCUGAUAAAAAAGAGCUGCCUUGUCGCCAAUACAAUCCAUGUGGGUGCCAAUCUGCUUGUGGAAAGGAGUGUUCUUGCCUUGUCAGUGGGACUUGCUGUGAAAAGUACUGCGGAUGUCCGAAAACAUGCAAAAAUCGUUUUAGAGGAUGCCAUUGCGCUAAAAGCCAGUGUAGAAGUCGUCAAUGCCCUUGCUUUGCUGCUGGUAGAGAAUGUGAUCCAGACGUGUGCAGAAAUUGCUGGAUCGGGUGUGGAGACGGUACUCUAGGUAUUCCAGGUCAAAGAGGUGAUAAUUACGAAUGUAGAAAUAUGAAGCUUCUCCUCAAACAACAACAACGGGUUUUACUAGGAAGGUCCGAUGUUUCUGGUUGGGGAGCUUUCUUAAAGAAUAGCGUACCUAAGCAUGAAUACCUGGGUGAGUACACCGGAGAAUUGAUCUCACAUCGUGAAGCUGACAAGCGUGGAAAGAUCUACGAUCGUGAAAAUUCGUCUUUCCUCUUCAACCUUAACGAUCAAUAUGUUCUUGAUGCUUAUCGUAAAGGUGACAAAUUGAAGUUUGCUAAUCAUUCUCCGGUCCCAAAUUGUUAUGCAAAGGUUAUAAUGGUGGCUGGAGAUCAUAGGGUCGGGAUAUUUGCUAAAGAAAGAAUAUGUGCUGGGGAAGAACUGUUUUACGACUACCGUUAUGAACCAGAUAGGGCUCCGGCUUGGGCAAAGAAGCCGGAGUCAUCUGGUUCAAAAAAAGAAGAGAUGGGUCCAUCGAGCGGGCGUGCUAAGAAGCUUGCUUGACCCCUAAUUAAUACCCCCCAUUAUUAUGAUUAAAAACAAGUUUUUUUUGGGCAUUCUUUUAACAUCAUCAAAUCCAUAGGUAAUUCUUUUUGCUGUUCCCUGAGUUUGUUUUCUAUAGACGAGUAGUUUUACUCACCACCAAGAUAGGGGAAAACAUGCAGAAUGCAUCAGAAUUUACUUGUAAGGUGCAUUUUGACUCUUUUUAACCAGCUUCUUAUUGGUUGGUUCGUUGACUUUUACAGAAAUGCACAUCCAAUUUCAUGACUGACUUCUUCCAACUUGACUUUGUCCAAAUAUAUCAGACUACGUCUUAUUUUUAUACUGUUUGUUUUAUGCAACUGUUGAAAUUUAUGUAGUAAUUGAUGUUCAAAGCUUAUCCUGAAUUCCUGAUGUUCGUUAAUCCAAUUGUUGGCACCUCAUAAUGGACACUGCAUAUUUG